AUGGCGUAUAUGUGUGUUCUUUCAGCGGGGCUGUUGCUACCGACAACACGCAAAACGCAUCGCGGUGGAGCCAUUCUUUCAGCAGAAAAGCGAAAUGCUCGAAAUUUAGCGGAGGGAUCGACCGGGAAGGAGAAAGGGACAUUCGGAGUGGCCUGCAUUGAAGAACGAACUGGUGUGAACUCGGUGAAAAAUUCAAUACAUGAAGUAGGCAGGGUGCUGAUGGUGUGGCGAGGAAGGGAAGCGGUAGGAGCAGGCAGAACUACCAAAUGGGCUUUGCUUUCGACCUUCCAUCCAUAUUAUUCAUUACCAGAUAAAAGUUGGUUGAACAGAGAUCUCGCAAAGUUUCCUCAGCAAACUACUUGCAUCAUUGACAAAUCAUCUCUUGCACAGGGUUCCGCUUGA